UACAGGCUGGAGAUAAGUGCACACAGAUUGGUGUCACCAUGCAGCUCCUGGGAGUAGUAGCCGCACUGUUCAUCAUCUCAAGUGCCACAGCACAGAACACAAACAGCACACUGCUGUCAACUGAAGUGCUUUACCAAAUAUUUGCCAAGUCGGUAGUAAUUGCUCUUCCAGGAUGUAAAGAUGCGGGGAAACCAGCAAGUUUAACUGUAACCAGCAAAACCAACAGUUCAAAUCCUAAAGUUAUUCCUUUAACGGUUCCACAGUGUCGCCUGAAACGUGACUUAAUUGUACUAAAUAACACAGCCUCUGGAAAUAUACCAACCAUCAAUGUGGGUUACCAGGUCAUAGGUUUGAACCCUAACACCGAAUACACGGCCUACUAUACCAUUGACUCUAGUAAAUACUCAGAACUGUCCUUCACUACAUUGAAAGGUUUUGGUGACCCUCCUGUGGUUUUUGCCCGUAGCGGCGGAAUGGUUGUUAUAACGGUCUUGUUAUCUAUUGCAAUGUUCCUGCUUCUUUUGCUACUCGUUGUCACUCUUAUACUAGGUGGGGGCAUCAGAAAGUAAAAGCAAAACGAGACUACAAAUUGUCUUAUAAUGUAAAUUGUAUUGUGUUUGGUAAUUUUUGUGUUUGCUUGUAUUAGCCACAUUACAUACAUAUUUUAUAUGCAUUUUAUCUGGCUGAUUUAUGGGGGGGUCAAGUUCUAUUACUAUGAAAACUACCCCCUAAACAUUGAUCUUUAGUGAUAUAUGUUAACGGAAAGUAUGUAGCUGGGUUAACACUUUCAUAUGUGUAUUUACCAGUCCCUUUCAGUUUAUCAUACUAAUGUUUUUGUAACCACCAGUCCUCAUGUUAUACCACAGAACAAGCUUUAAAGGUAUCAUCGCCGCCACAUAUUGUGUUGAGAAACACUAAAUGUGUUUGGAAGGCUCUCCCCUCCUUUUUAAUCAAUGUGUAUUAAGAUUUGCUGUUUAAUUUCAGUAUUGCAUAUGCUGUUGCAUUGUUUUAUUGUGUUUUUUCUACUUAUUCUAUAAUUGUGUUUACGUUAUUGUUUCCACAUGUAUUUGGUAAGAAAUUUGGCAUGUGUCAGACUUACUAUGCCAAAGGUACAAAAGGUUGGCUGGGAUGAUCUUCAUGUAAAGUUGAUCAAAGAGACCACCCGGUUAUUAUACGUACCCUUUUUACCUUUUUUCAGGUGGUGCUGAACUUGGUUGACCUUUAUACUCCUGUUCAGCAGUUUAAUUACUUUUACCCUCCAUCCAAAAUUGCAUCCAUGUUUAAUAAAUGGGUCUUGCUAUUACCUCUAGAGGAGUUUUUCAUUUUUGUGUCAUCUCACAACUAUUACCUUCCACACGAAUGAAAAUAAUUACCAAUAAAAUGCAGAUCCAUCUUUUUUUAGUUUUAUGGUUCUCUGGAUUUAUGUAAAUUUUCACCUCCCCAUCUUUAUUAAAUUCCCCACCCGGAUCCAUUCCUACUAGUAUUUGUAAGGUGUGGGUGAAGAGAAAGAAGAUUUCAGAACAUGAAAAUCAUUAAUAAUCAUCAUAAUAAAUUAAUCAUUAAUUUUCAGCUUCCUUAAUAGAAACAGCCCAUUACUCCUAAACAACAUCACCCGGAAUAUAUAAAUAUUCUAAAGAAAAAGCAUUAAAAAAACAAAACUUACACAAGCUAAGAGACAUUUCUAUUUUUAAUCCAUGUGAAGCUAUCCAUGUCUUACACGUGUUUUGUGAAUAAGGUUGUUUUUGUUAAUAGGAGCAAUAUCUUAAAUGCUUUUGUUAAAAUGAAAUUUUAGGCCACAGGAUAUUAUCAAUAAACCUCAUAUACACCCA